AAUUAAAUUUUUUUAAUUACCAUAUCAUAAAAGCAUAACACAUAUCAUAAAAUAUAUACUUACUUAGAAGUGAGUAUUUAGUUGAUACUUAAAAUUGUUUUUCUUAUUUUAUGAUUUAUCAUAGAAUUCAACACAUACAUUAUUACAGUGACUUACCCUAUGAUGAAGUACACCAGACACCUACUGCACAUCAGAGCGGUUACUUACUUUCCUCCCUUUUGUAAUUUAAUUUAAUUCUUUUUUCAAAUUUUAAUCAAUUAAUCAGGCAUGCAUUUUGUUAGCAAUUGCUUAAAAGUAAAGACUAAAGGGACUAAAGGUAUUAAAAUAUACUGAUAGUGAAAUAUGAAUUAUAGUUAUAGUUAUUAAAUUAAAAAGAGCCUCUCACUAGAAUUAUACCAUAAUAGGUAUAUCUUUAAUAGGUACCUACUAUAUUUGUAGACUACCUAUAGUAAAUUAACUAAAAGAGUUAACAUAUCUGAACGAUAAAACGUGGUGAAAAAUAACAUAUCAAGUAGAAAAUAAAUUUGAAAUACCUACCUACCUACUUAUUUAUAUAUAGGUAUUAUAUAGCAACUUUUACCUAGUUUUAAUCAUAGCUUAAUUUUUAUGAUUAUAAUUUAUUGUUUAAUAUUUUACUAUAAAAUAUGUAACAAAGAUACCUACUAACUUGUACAAAUAGAUACAUACCUACCUACAUGAUACAUGCAUAUGGUUGUAAGAAUCUAUGUUUAUUUUUUUUGUGGAAAUUGUUAGAUGUUUGAGUGUUUGUUUCAAGUAUGUUUAUUAUAUAAUAACAUUUGAAGGCUUUUUUGACAACCAUAAAAGGUAGACUAGUGAUCUCACUAGAGUAAUAACAAUUAUUAACAAAUAGCAAUGAUUGUGAUGAUUUUGAUCACCAUAGUAACAACUUUCACGUCUGUUUCAUUGAUUUGUAGUAGGUAGAGUAACAUUUUAAAUUAUACUAACCUAUCUAGAUAAACAAUAUUGUUUAUUAAAUAUUAGGAAUUAUUACACUAUAAUAGAUUUAAAAUAUUAUGUUUAGUGACAGCCCAGUGAAUGUAGUUGGGUUUAACCACACUGAGACACAUAGAAAAGGAAAAAUUGAAAAAUCAAGUCAAUAUAAUGGACUAUUCACUGAAGACAAAUCAUGCGAUACCAUUGAUGUGAAAUCUAUAGAUACACAGACAGAUGCCAUUCAUAACAUUGAUAUUGGAAAUGUUGAUCUUGUUGCAUUUAACAGUUGUUUGGAAAAAGGCUUAAGAUUUUUAAAAACUGAAUGUAACGACUGGCCAAAAAUGAUUGGUUAUUCAGAGACAACACAGAAAGAUAUAAAUGAUGAAAAAACCAUUAAAGUAUCUAUAAAACAACAUCCAUCAUUUGGAAUGAAAAAUAUUAGUGCAAUUAGUUGGAACUGUAAUGGUGAUAAAUUAAUGGUAGCUACUGGAGAACAUUGCCAUACACAGUGGUGUAAUCAUUUAAAUUCAGUGUUUGUUUACUCUAUGUUGGAUUUAGAAAAUAGUGGCAAUACUGUGUCUAAUAUACUGGAAGUCACUUCUUGUAUCACGUGUUUAGCUACACAUCCAACCAAUGAACAUCUGAUAACAGCUGGAUUAUACAAUGGUGAAUUGGUGAUUUGUAACACAAAUGACAAUAUGUCUAUGGUUUCCCUUGAAUGGCAUUCAAUGGCUGUAUCAGAAUCCUUGUGGUUUGUGAGAUCUGAUCAUCGUGUGGUAUUAGUAACUGCUGGAAAAGACGGAUAUGUUUGUAUAGGAACUAUGAUGAGCGACAAAAUAAAAUUCACCCAUCGAAUAUGCAGGUAUUUAGUUGGAAUUCCAGGGAAAGUUGGUAUUCGGUGUUUUGAUUAUUCAAACAGACAUUUUUUAGUAGCUCUAGAAAAUGGGAAAAUCUCAAGUCACUUUUGCGAAACAACAAGAAACAUUAAAGAAGACCAAGUUUUAGAAGCUAUAAAAGUUAAAACAUAUAAUGGAUAUUCGUUAAUGAUUGAAAAUAUACAAUUUUGUCAUAAAAAUUCAACUACAUUUAUCAUUACACAGUUUGAUUCUACAAUACUAGUAUACAAUGUGUAUCAAAAAGAACCACAAAAAAUUAUUUUUAAUCGAAAACUAAUAACCAGACUAUGUUGGAGUUUAGAAAAUGAGUUUAUAGUGUAUGUUGGAGAAGAUAGAGGAGAACUUGCUAAAAUCAAUCUGACAAAUGGGAAAACAGAUUCAAUCAAAAAAUUUACAUCAUGUGAUAUAACUGCAAUGAAUAUUAAUCCAAAAAGAAAAAAUAUUAUUGCAAUUGGUACAAUGCAAGGAGAUAUAUAUAUAAGUGAAUAUGAACAGCCAUUUACAACUUGAAAAAAAUUUAAUUCAAUAAUUUAAGGUUCUAUAAUUGAAUGUUGGGCGGAAUGUUAUUUACGGUUUUGUUAAUUAUACAAAAAUGUACAUUUAUUAAAGAGAAGAAUUGUAUUUAA